UUUCGCGUUCCACCAGCAAAUUCGAUCAUCCCGCUCCUCCUGUGCUGUUCUCGCCGCCAUGCUCUGCGACUGGGGCGAGGUCAUCUUUCGCUUCCAGACCCUGGGUCUCAUCGUCGACGCCUUCUUCAUCUCGGCCACAGCCACCGUGCUGCUCUGCGUCUUGGUGCCGUCCCUGCAAUCCACCCUGCGAUAUGGCAAAUCUCUCGAACCCGAUCGCGACAACAACAGCAGCAGCAACAGCCCUGCCCAGCAGUCGAGCGCCUGCCGUGAGGUGCAGUGGCCCGCCUUCUUCUACGUUGACAAGACCAAGUUCCUGCACUUUUACGCCUGGGGACUUCCUCUGGUCACCGAGAUCCUCUGGGAGCUAGCCAUAUACGACCCGUGCUCUGCGAACUCGUCGUGCACCCUGCCUCACUCUUUCCAAACACCCGUGCUGGGAACGAUUCAAUGCCUCUUUCCGAUCAAGCCGACGCAGCCGGUAUCGCCGCUGCCUCGAUCGGUGGCCGAGGCUAGCAGUAGGCUGAGCGAGGCAAGCGUCCAUCUCCUCGGGUUGCUGUUUUUGUGGAUCCAGAUGAUCCGUCGACUCUGUGAAGAAGUCGCCAACAACACCAACAACACCAACAACACCAACAACACCAACAGCCCCAACGGCGCCCGAACGUCGGGAGCAAAGAUCCACAUCUUCCACUAUCUUGCCGGGAUCCUGUUCUACACCUUUGCACCCCUCUGUCUGGUCGAGUCCGGCUUGGAAUCGUUUGUGCAGGCCCAUGGCGUUCUGGGCUGCGGGCCGAUCUCGACACCCACCAAGCUCGCUGCUGUGGCCUCGGCGAUCCGGUUUGAGGUUCGCCAUGGAAUCGCUGCGGCACUGUUUGCUUGGGCGUCGCUGGAGCAACUCUGGGCUCACUCGCACCUCAGGUCCCUCCGAAAGAUCGCUCGCUCGACAAGCUCACCAGACGGCCACUCAGCGAGUCUCUUGACCAGCAGCAGCAACAGCAGCAGCAACAGCAGCAGCAACAGCAGCAGCAGCACGGAUCAAGGCAAAAUCUCCACCCACAGCCGGAGAUACGCCCUCCCCAGCGCACGCUGGUUCGUGCAUGUAUCAUGCCCACACUAUCUCUCCGAGAUCGGAAUCUACGCCAGCCUGGUGGUCUGGACGGGCGGGCGCUCGGUCUCGCUGUGGCUCAUGUGGUUGUGGGUCGUGUGCGAUCUCUCGGUCGCUGCGGAUAUGCAGUGGUCAUGGUAUCGUCGCCACUUUCCAGAGCAGAUGGCGGCCACCCGACGCCGGCGACUCGUUCCGUUUGUGUGGUGAAGACAAGACAAGGCCAAUACAUCUCUCUGAUCGACUUCCA